UGCAUGGUGCCAGGGGCCUUCAAGGCAAAAAACCAGGCAGGCACAAGUUCUCAGUUAUAUUUGGGGUUGGCAAUAAGAAAUAUCGCACAAGUGUAAUCAAGGAGCCCAGUGGUAACCCAGACUGGAAUGAAGAAUCUGUUGUUCAUAUUGUCAGUGCUAGUGACCAUGUCUUCUUUACAGUCAUGGAGAAAGAGGAUGUGCUGGGGCAUAUCAGCAUUCCGGUUGCUUCUUUAGUGUCAGUGAAAGAAGUUGUGAAGGCCACUCUCAGAGCCCACAAGAAGUGCCCCAAUCCUCAGGGAGAGCUCAUCUUUCAGUGCUAUGUGUCCAAAGAGAGGCCAGCCAUGCUGUCCCCACAAACAAUCACGAACACAGGUGGCCAUUUGUCAGGGUUUCAAAAGCUGCGGCAGAAUUUCUCCUCAUCUCAGACUACAUUGCAGAAACCAAAUAAAGAGGAGAAGGAAGAGAAGAGAAAGUCAAGUUCUUUGGCAAAUUUCAAUAGGAAGCUUUCCAAAUCUAUUCAUGAUAUUUUUCAUAUUGGCCGACUAGGUGGCAGUAAUAUUGAGCAGCAGGAAGAAGAGCAGCCUGCUGUCAAAGGGAAGAAGUUCAACCUACGUUUUCCUAGCAUGGGUACAGGGCUUGAUAGCACUGGCAGAGAUGUCCCAGUUGUAACACAUAUAGUCCCAAAUAUGGCCUCAACCACUGGUGGGACCCGCCUGGUCUUGGAAGGUAGAUCACUGGGCCUCGGCAAGUCAGACAUUAUGGAACUAAUACUCUGUGGUUCAGAUCUACUGGACAGUAUAGAGUUUGAAUCUGAGAACAGGAUCUAUGUCACCACAAAACCAACAGCGGCCGGGAAGGGGGACUUGUGGAUAGAAACUGUCUCUGGAGGGCAGAAUGUCAUAAAAAAUAUCUUCACUUUUGUCGACCGCUCGGCCUCCUCAACACCUUUGGUGGACAAGAAGAACAUAGACACUGUAGUAGGUAGAAAUUCACCUCUGACUGAAAACCGUACAGAUAAGACACUUACUCCUGGAAAUGACUCCAGUGCUGCUGAGAAGAAGACCUGUGUGGUACCCACUAUCAACAUAGAACGAUCUGCAUCACUUAAUAAGGAAGACAGACAGAGGAAAGUUACAAUCUCAGGUUCUGCCACACUGCCUCUGAUGAAGACAUCAGGGGUGUUGGAUAUGGGGAGCUCUAGUUCCCUAGAUACUGCACCUGAAAACAACCGGAAGAGUUAUCAGAAACACACCCGUGGCAAAAGUGAAUCUGUAGUUGGUGUUAAUAAAGAUGCUGCUGAGAAAAAGAGUUCUGAAAAAGCUGAACUUCAGGCUGAAAUCUUGCGUCUGCACAGAGAAAAUCAAGGCCUGAAACAAGAGAAUGCUGACAUGAAGUCCUACAUCGAUGGCCUAGUGGCUCGGGUCAUGAUACACUGUCCGGAAGCUUUGGCCGCUGGCGAUGACCUCAAACCUUUACCCAGUGGAAAAUAA